UCCGUAUGAGUUAUCAUACAAAUGUAGAUUUUCAUUCUAAUUACAAGUCUAGGAGUUACUUAUGGAGAACUGUUUACGCCUAUAUUCUUACUACUGAAGUGAAUGUCACUGAGUCUCUACAUGUAAACUAUAGUCAUAGAGGUCGUGGAGGGCACCAUGUUGGAUUAGUGAUCUAGCAACAACAAUGAAUAGCGUUUGGGCUUUUCAUGCCUAAGGCACACGGCCGGCACUGAUGUUAAGAGUUAGACACUGGGUAAGCUAGAAGCAAUAUGGAGGUCACCGUGUUGAAUGUGAAUAGCUGUACUAAGGAGCAUAUACAAACGACGAACGAGACAGCAAUACUGAUCAUUACAGUCUUUCGUAGUUUUAUAAGUAAGCAACGUUUUCAUUUGUUAUCCUUUGACGUCAAGGAACCAAUGGUUCGACACUGAAUGGACCACGAUUUGAACGAAAUGCUAACAUUUUCGGUUGAGUAAAUUCGAAAACGUAUUCAGUUCAGAUAGCUUGGAAAUCUAAUAUUUUACCCUCUAAUAUUGCAUCUGAACUGAGCGGUUAUGAAUUCACUUCAUGCUGAAACGCAGGCGUUAUACCCGUGUAUAUCUUCCCAUUACAGUGACCACAAGAAAGCGCAUCAUGACAACAGAUAACAGGGUCGACACGCUAAAGCUAGCGACAGCCAUCACCCUUUGCCUGUGCGUUGUUUUCAUGCUGUACGUCUCCUACACGCCUGACGAGAUCUCGGAGUUCGUUCUGCUCAACGACAGGCUGCAACCUAUGCCUGUCAGAGAUGUCAUGGCUCCGCCUAUAUUAGUUCGACAAGACAGACAACACUUACAAGCGCUCCCUGCGGUCCAGGCGGUAACUGCAGAAACAUCAUGCACUCCUAAGAAAAAUUUUGUUUUCAUCAAGGUCCAACAAGAAACGGCCUCCAACACAGUGCAGAGAAUCUUGCUUCGCUAUGCGUACCGACACAAUCUCACCGUUAUGUUACCAAGAUCAGGUGGCUCCUUCCGUUGGUUAACGUUCACUGAUGACUUCGACGGACUUCCGGUGAAAGACGGAAACUACAAUGUCAUCGCCCACCAUCUGAGAUACAGCGAAGAAAUAAAAAGGAAGAUGCCAGAGGACACAGUUUAUUUCACCAUACUCCAGCACCCAGUGAGCCACAUGAAGUCUUCCUUCCACCAGUGGAGACUCCAUAAACACUACAACAUCAGCAGUAAGGACCCCGUCAAUGCGUUUUUUAAGGAUCCUUACCUGUACUCCAUCAACGAUUCAGCCACCUUCAAGACAUAUCAUCCCAUCAAAAACCGCCAGGCGUUCGACUUAGGAUUCAACACGAGUUGGCAAUGGGGUGAUCAGCAUACCAAGGCUCACUUUAAGGAGUUGGCAAAAACAAUAAGAGUCGUGUUACUCGUUGAGCGAUUCGACGAAUCGUUGGUUAUGCUCAAGAGACUCAUGUGUUGGGACACGCAGGAUAUCUUAUACCAGCCUGUCAGUAACUUUGAGACGAACCGCUACACAAAUGUAACUCUACGUCACAAACAAGAGAUGGCGUUCAGAAACUGGAGCAGCAUUGACUUUGCCCUCUAUGACUACUCUCAAAAAAUGUUCAAUGAAACGUCCAAACGCAUCGGUCCAGGUUUUAUGAACGAAGUACAGUAUUUUAGACGUUUGAAUUCGUGGGUGUAUUUUGAAGGAUGUAGGGGGCAUCGCGGGCGAAAUUUCACUCAUUUUGGAGUGGAAAAAAGUAGGUGGCACGACAGGUUUGAAUCGGACGGGGCGCUCUGUGUGGCGAUCGAACGAUCGCGAGGUAUUUGGGACGCAAAGCUUGGGUUACGACAAAAUGCAGAGUUCCGAAAAUCCAACGAGAUUUCUGUUCCUGCUGCAAAUAUUACAAAUCUCGGUAGUAAGACUGGUUCAAUUAGUUUGGAACUGAAAACAAAAAAGAAAGCAUCAAAACGAAAAAGGGGAUUCUUAAAGGCCGGUCCCAAACAACUGUUUGAUAAUUUGCUAUUGAAAGAAAAGAAGAAGGAAAAGAAGACAUCGAAACGCAUAAAGACGAAAGAAAAAGGGAGGAAAACUUAAGAGCCAGAAAAGACACAAUCUGUA